UGGGGAGAGCGAGCAAGCAGCACGUGAGGGUGUUGCCUGCGCGUGAAGACGAAGAAGAACGCGAGAUCGGUGCGAGCUGUUAGCGUUCCACGCCCGCUGCAUGACAUGUGGAACGAAACACGCUUUGUCGUCGGGACCAAGGUUUCUCUUCGCUAAGGAUACUUCCGGCCACGCUUACCCAGCCGGCGACCGACGAUGGUUUUCGAGUCGGUGGCUGUCGAGCUCGUGAACUACGUUCUCGGAGACUACAUCGAGAACUUGGACACGUCCCAACUCAAGCUAGGAAUAUGGGGAGGAGACAUCAAUUUGAAAGAUCUGGACAUCAAGCAAAGUGCCAUUGAUGACCUUGAUCUACCUUUCCGUGUUGCAUAUGGUCACAUAGAAAAGCUCACAUUGAAGAUACCAUGGCAGUCAUUGUACAACUCUACUUAUUCUGCGGCAGUGGAAGGCAUCUACAUGGUCAUAAUUCCAAAGUCAGGAGUGAAAUACGAUGCGGCCAAGGAGCACAAGCUUCAGCGGGAAGCAAAGCAACGGGAACUUGCUCGAAUCGAGCUUGUCAAACAGCAAGAGGCAGAGAAAGACAAACCGAAGGAGGAGAAGCAGGACACAUUCGUUGAGAAGUUGGCGGCGCAGAUCAUCAAGAACCUGCAGAUCCGCAUCCGCAACAUCCACAUCCGUUACGAGGACAACUUCACCAUUCCCGAGCACCCAUUCUCCUUUGGCAUCACCCUCUACAACCUGUCCUUUGACACGACCAACGAGGAGUGGGAGCCCUGUGUCCUCGACGUGUCUGCCAGGAUUGUGCACAAGCUGGUCGACAUCAGCAGCUUUGGCUUGUAUUGGAACACAGACUGCAAGCUUUUCAUGGAAUAUGAACAGUCAAAGAUAAAGGCACGUCUGCAAGAAACAAUCAGCAAUGAAACUGUCAGGCCUAAUGAGGUUUUAUACAUGCUCGGUCCGAUUUCCUCGCUUGCCAAGUUGACCAUGGACACUAAGCCAGAGAUAAACAACUACAGCAGCACUGGGGUCUUGGACAUUCUCAUUGCAGAAAUCAGCAUCGGCAUCGGCAAGCGCCAGUUUCAAGACAUGCUGGCCCUCGCGGAUUCGGUCAAUCGGAUGACGAUUGCCGCCCACUUCAGGAAGUACAGGCCUGAUGUCCCGGUGCACAACCAUGCUAAAUAUGAUGCUGGCUUGAAGUGGCACUUUGCAUAUGAAGCGAUUCUGGAGGAGUACGUGAGACGGCGUAGGCGUAACUGGUCGCUGAAGCACAUGCAUGAGCACGUCCUCAAGGUCAGGGAAUACAAGGACCAGUACAUCAAGCUGCAAACCAAGCAGUCUUCCGAAAGCCUCAAGGUGCUUGAAGACGAGUUGGACGUGUUCAACAUUACACUUGCACGACGUCAGGCAGAGCUAGAGGUUGAGGAGCAGCUACUGAACACCCCCAAGCAAAGUUGGUUGUCAUCCUGGUGGUUCGGUAGUAGCGACCAGACCAGUGCAGCGUCUACGACCCAAGACAUUGCUAAGAAGUUUGAGAAAGCCAUGACGCCUGAGGAAAAAGAGAAGCUGUAUGCUGCUAUUGGCUACCAGGAGAACACUUCAGCACCAAUCUACCCGGUCACCUACGUCGCCAAGAGGCUGAAUUUUGUGCUGAAGAACUUUUCAUUGGCCAUACAUGAUGAAGCGAGAGCGAAGACCAUCAUCGUGCAGGCAAUCCUGAACGACAUGUCGGCAACUGUCGAGGAGAGGCCUAGAACAGAAGCCAUGAAGCUGGAGUCGAAAAUAGAGAAAUUUAAGGUUCUUGGCUUUCCUCAAGAGCCGUCGGAUUUCUGCACGCUCAUCUCGUCUGAGAUUGUUCAAGACAACGAAAAGAAGACUCUGCGUCCUUUGUUCGAAACAAAUCCAAUUGACGAGAAGUGUGACCAGAGGGUUCACCUUUUCGCAGAACCCGUGGAGAUGGUGUACGAUGCGACUGUCAUCUCUGCCCUGGUGGAUGUUUUCAGCCCCCCAGAGCAGGCUACUCUUGACAAGUUGCAGGCACAGGCAGUAUCGAAGCUGAACGACAUCAAGGCCAUGUCGGCCACUGGGCUACAGCAUGCUAUCGAGCAGCGGAAAGCUCUUGAAGUGCUGGUUGAUCUGAAGCCGUCCUACCUCGUCAUCCACGAAGGUGGUCGGAAGAAAGACAACAAGCUCCUUUUGGUGAUCAGCUUUGGUCAGCUCUAUGUUCACGGCUUGCCGAGGAGUCGCAAGGCGCCUACAGUGCGCGACCUGGUCAAGUCUGGAAGCACCGAGUCUGAAGUGAUGCAGGUGAUGAUAUCCCAAGCGUAUGAAAAAUACACCAUACGAGUGACGGCCACUGAAGUGGUGGUGUGCCCUCCAGGCAAGGAGUGGAAGUCUGUGCUUAGGAGCAGCAACUCUGAGCUGCACGUCCUGCAGCCCACGGAUGUUUUAGUGGACAUCGAUAAGUGCAUCAUCGCCGACAACGUCCGCUUGCCAAAAGUUAGAGUAACUGGAAAGCUGCCGCUGCUGCGCGUGUCAGUCACCGACUUCAAGCUGGUGCAAGUACUGAAGGUCUUGAACAGUAUCCCCACGGUUGGUGCCAGCACGCCCCCCAAAGUUGUGGAAGCAGCUCCUGUCGUCUCGUUACCUGAAGUUGAUCUUCCAACAAAGAUUGAGACGACCACUGCUUUGAACGUGGUUCCCAAGGGAGAUUCGUCAAGCAGUGAAGGAAGCGCGCCACGGCAAGAUUACGAUGCAACUGACCUGGAAUUGGACUUCGAAAUAACCGAGGUGGCCCUGGAUAUCUCGCAGAUAAUAAAGGGAGUUCUGAAACCAGUGGUGCUCUUCCAAGCGCAGCAGCUGAGCCUGAAGUUUGAAUCUCGGCCACUGGAUUGGCGCUGCCAAUUGCGCCUCAAGAAGACCAUUCUGGAGCACAUGGAUUUCAGCGCUCCCAACCGCCCUGGGCCACUGAAAAUUCUCGACUCUACCGCUGACCCUGAUACGGGAAGCACAAUCAGCCUCGUAAUUCUGCAGACAAACAAGAAGCACCCAGAAUUUGAAUCUUUGAGAGGCUCAACACUGCAGAAGGUGACCCUGGACAUCUCUGAACUGAUGCUGAUUAUGCAUGAGGAAUCCAUCUGUGCCCUGGUGACAUUGUACACUCAAUUGAAUGAAGAGCUGGGCACCAUGGAGAAGGAGACCAAGGUUUCCGAGAGCCAAAUUCAAGCCACCACUGCAGCGAAACCACUCGGCAGCAAGCCUUCUUCUACUGGCAUCAAAAAAUCAUCGAGCAACGUGAUUAUUAGCAUGGACCUGUUUGCUUCGUUGACUGGUUUCGCCCUGGAGAUUUGCAACAAGAACAGGACCAUCUGUGACAUUCUUGUUCGAGGCAUGGAGUACGGUAUGACGUGGUAUCCAAAUAAGCUCGUCACAAGGCUAAACCUCAAGACAGUCGGCAUUGGCGAUCCGACACCUGGAACCCUUCAUAAGAACAUAAUUGCUGUGCCUGGUGGUGAAGUUGUUGCUUUUGAAAUCACAACUUAUGAGGAAUGCGGAGCUUUGGGCUAUGUGGAAAUGGAUCGAGUGGACAUCGCUAUCAAAGGGACAUUGGGCCGGCUCCACUUUGUGUUUCUGUACCGUUUCUACUUGGACAUCUAUAACUUUGUGAACAGGUUCCAGGCAGCCAAAGCGAAGAUAAUGGAGGCCACGGCCAACAUGGCUGAGGCCGCGCGUGCCAGUGUGGAGACGGCCUACAAGCAGGCUUACAAGAUGGCAUUGGACAUCCGCAUCGAGGCGCCCAUCAUCUGCCUGCCACAGAACUGCAAGUCACGCAACAUUGUGGUCAUGGAUUUUGGUGUGCUGCGCGUGAGCAACAAGUUCAAGCUGGACAAAGUUAGCACACCUGAAUCGCCUUGCCUCAUGGAAGAGAUGGUGGUGGCAUUCGACGACCUCAAGCUGUCACGGUUCAGCAUGAAGGAACCACCUGCAGAUGAUGGCGUUGAACACCCCCUGCUCCUUCCAGUAUCAUUCAAUUUACUUGUCACCAGAAACAUGAACUUUGAGGCCCACCCUGAAGUUCCAGAAAUGAAGAACGAAGGCGUGCUGCCAAGGAUAGAGCUGAUUCUCAGCCAAGAGGACUACUGUGCCAUAAUGCGAACGCUGGACGAGAACCUGAACGAGAUACCGCCCGAAGACGAGCCCCUGGAUUGGUCAAAGAUACCGGUGCCAAUUGUGACCAACGCUCCUUACACGGUACCGGAAGACAAAUACUCGCACGAGCACACCGACCCAGUCCUAACUACAGAGAAAGAGAUUAAGAGGGCCGUCAGGAUCGAUCUGGCCUUCCAGAUUGACUGCGUUGUUUUGGACCUUUACAUGAAGAGAACAGAUGAGGUGAAAGAAGGCCUGGCCAGACUGGAGAUUGAGCUUCUCUCACUCAAGGGACACAUGUUUCACGAUGGGUCGUACUGGAUGGACACAUUGCUGGGCAAUCUUAUUGUGGACGACACGCGCGUUACCCGCAAGAGUGGUCUGACCAGGUUCCUGACACGUUCAAGUCGCAGCAAGGACAAGCUGGUGGACAUUCUGUACAAGGUGGACAAGAACGGGGACUUCUUCACGCAGAUCGACUUGUCCAAGAUCACGUUUGUCUACUGCGUCGACUUCUUCAAUGCCAUCAUGAGCUUCUAUUACAUGGACGACAUGUACAAGAAGGCCGACGAGAAGCGGAAGCAGCUGCAGCAGCAAGCCGCCAAGCGGCAACAACAGCAGCAGCCCCAGCUGCAGGCAUCCGUCACCGAGACAACCUCACCACCCAUGCCUCCCUAUCCUGUGAGGAACUACACAGUGCAGCUUGAGAUGGACAAGCCGGACAUCGUCCUUGUUGCCAACAUUGAUGAUCCUCAGUCUGCAUGCAUUAUCUUGAAGGGGUCUAUCCACCAGAAGUUAAGGCAGGUUGGGACAACACAGACAAUGAUGGUGGUCAUGGACGACCUCAGGAUGUUCACCUCUUACGUGGACAAAUUCCAAUCGGAACAUGUUCGCUCUGAGAUAUUGAAGCCGACAGAGAUCAGCCUGAACAGCACUUUCACCGUUGAAAAUGGCCAGCACAUGGAGAUCAACUUCUCACCAAUAGAGAUUCACGUGACACCUGGGGCAGUCGAGAUUCUGUCCAAGAGUUUGGGCUCUCUCAGCGCUCCUAGUGCUGAGCAGAAGGCUGAUCACGAAGUUGAGCCCGACAACAGCGAAGUGUGGAACCCGAUGAGCCUGGACAAAACGAAGCUGUGGUUCCUGGAAGGGCCAACUGUGCCGAUGGCUGUGGAAGCCAUGGAGACCAUGGAAACGGUGCCCGCCUCGCAAGAUUCCCAGCCACCUCGGAAGGACGAGCAGGCUCUUGUGACUGCCAAGUCCCUCGUGAUAACUCUGGAACAAGGUGCUGAAAACCGCACGGUUCCCAUGCUGCUGUGGAAGGCAAGCCUAGAAGCUGAAGUCUUGGACUGGUCUGGGGAGAUGUCAGUUCGCGGUUUCUUGGGCUCUGUGGUCUUCUACUACAAUGAGAAGCUUGCUGUGUGGGAGCCUCUGGUGGAGCCCAUUGAAGUUCCUGGCGGUCGCAAGGUCUGGGAGAUUGCACUUAAGGUCGACAAGCACAUAGCCGAUGACAGCGCACAUGAUGCAGCCAACCUGCCGCCAAUGUUCUCAAUUGAGCUGCUCGUUGAGGACACCCUGGAGGUGACCAUUUCUCAAACUACACUGCAAGUGCUCAAGGAUCUCGGGGAGGCGUUCAGUGCUGCCCUAGUCAAAACACCCGUGGAGCACAAACGUUUGGAUGCACCUUACGUGGUCAAGAACUACCUGGGGAUUGUUGUCCACGUUAUUCUUGAGGGAACACCGUUCCGUGUUGCUGCUCCCAACGUUGAUGACGACAUUGAUGAGGUCAUCCUGGAGCCCGAUGCCAUGGUGCAACUGACCUUCAAGGAGACCUCUGAGAACAAGGGGGGCAGGUUCACAGGUACCCUGGUCGAGCUUAGCCAACAGAACGUCACAGAGGCCCACUUUGCCAUCCAGUUAAAAGAAACUGGUGUGUCAGCGGUACGGAAAGUAUGCGUGACCUAUGCGGACAAGCGAUACUUCAGGCUGCCCAUCAAGACGUAUCCCGGUGAUGACUGGGCAUUCAUCGUGGACACCACAUCUCACUACGGCUCGAAGCUUGUCAUGAUUUACUCAGUCUGCAAGGUCGUAAACCACCUGUCUGUCCCAAUAGAAGUUUACUACUUGGUUGAAGGUGAAAAAAUCUCCGAGGUGUUCCUCUGCGGCGUCAUAGAACCGCACAAAGUCCUCCAUCUGCCUGUGCGGGCACUCUACACCAAGACCAACGAGCUGUUCUUCAAGCCAGUCGGAGAAAAGUACAGGAUGUCCGUGGAGCCAUUCAUUUGGAAGCCCAGCGGCAUUGACCAUGCACACAACAUUGUUCUUCAGUGCCCAUCAAAGACGGAAAAGAACAAGUUCUUUUACAUAAAUGUGUGUGGAAAGGUGGAGCCUGUCAAGUUUGACGAAAGCAUUGGCAAGACUUCGACCAUGCCAUUGUACAGCAUUGAGCUCCAACCAACGGUGCUGGUGCGAAACUUGCUUUCCUGCAGUCUUUACGUCAAACUGGAGAACAUGUCCAGGUUGUUCUGUCUGGAAGCUGGGCAGGGAGUGGAACUCUGGAAUGCUGAAGUUGGAGAAUCCACGCUUCUGCUUCAGCUGCUUGGUUACAGAGACAUGGAGUGGUCCUGCAAAAAGCUCUUGGAAGCUAACAUGGAUGAACUAUCAGUGUUAACUUUUGAGACUAAAGAAGGUCCACAAAUGGACUUGGGCAUGCAUGUUGAAACAACCAACAACUGUAUAGUAUUGGGUCUGUAUUGCCCUUUCUGGAUGGUCAACAAGACCACUGUGGACAUCGCUUACAAGCCUGGAGAAGACAGACGUAUGUCUCUAAUACCGCAAUCGUCUUUUGAAACGGAACUGAGUCCAGGAAAGACGGAAGAUUCUGCGGGAAUAAACCAUCCUGCUAAUUUCGAUGGCCCAGUCCUGUUCUCCUACCGUUCCAAGACGCUGUUCACAAAGAAAAAGGCUGCCAUCAAGAUCUUCAACUCCGAGUGGUCUGAGCGAUUUUCUCUAGAUGCUGUUGGAAGCUCGGGAACCAUAAUUGCCAAAUCCAAGGAUGGCUACUCCUACCUGCUGAGUGUUGGGAUUACACUGAGUGCCACUGGCCUGACAAGAAUCGUCACCUUCACGCCAUACUACCUCGUUCUAAACAAUUGCAAGACUGCCGUCGAGAUCAAGGAGUAUGCGGAAAAUUCUGUGUGGAUGAAAAUACUGCCUGGUGCUUGCGUACCAUUCUGGCCCAAAGAAGUGCAGAAGCUCGAGCUCUUGGCGAGGUAUGCGGACACAGAAGAGUGCACGGUGCCCUUCUCGUGCAAGGAGACCAACUCCAUUCUCCUCAGACUUGCAAACAAGAAGGGCGGCUUGUACAUGGCUUGCCAGGUUGGCGAGAGCGCAGCCGUCAUGAGCUUCGGCGACUACGAAGACGGACUGUCGCCCGUCUUUCUGGUGAACCAGAGCAGCGUGGCACUGACCUACUGCCAGUACGGCUACAGGGACAUGUGCUUGAACUCCCUGCCACCCAAGACCGCCCAGCACUACACCUGGGACAACCCGAUGGCCAAGCGCUGCCUUCUGUGGGGCUCGGACAGCUGUACCAAGCUGAACAAGCUUGAGCUGCUAAUGGACGACUGUGACCAAGUCCAGCUGAAGGAUGACCGCAAGCUGUUCUGGAUUGCAUUCUUGAAUGGCAGGCAGCGAACGCUACUCUUCACUGAAGACUCUGCCCUCGUAUUCAAGAUACAAGAGUCUGGUGCAUUGGAGCGGAAUAUCUACGACAUGGUGCUGAACUUUCAAGCUGUUGGCAUCUCCCUGGUUUCUUCACACCCCAGGAGAGAGAUUGUCUACAUCUCCGUCAUAGGUUCCGGUGUGAAGUGGGAGUCCAAGAAGGAGACCAAGACCUAUUACAAGGCUGUAAACGCCAAGGAGUCGAACCAGUUGGAGUUGCAGUACCAGCGAUACAACAAUCUGCGCCGUCUAGACAGGGACCCUGCCUCGGUGCUCAUGGUCAAUGGCUACGAGGUGAACUUCAAGGAGAUGAAGAUUCUUUCAAACCCCAAGAAAGACUUGCGGCGCCUUGCCAGGCCAGGCAUUUGGGCUACAUACAAGAAGUCGCUACACCAGACUAUGAUUCACGCCAAGCUCCACAUACUUCAGGUUGAUGACCAGAUUGCAGAUUGCACUUUCCCUGUGAUAUUGACUCCUGUCACGAUGAGGAGGUCCCUGGGAGAGGGCAUGAUUCCCAAGCCCUUCUUUGAGACCAGUGUGAUAAUGCGACAGUUCGACUACUCACAAGUUCGUCAAUUCAAGUACUUCAAAGUUCUGGUUCAGGAGUUCCACGCCAGGGUGGACCAAUGCUUUAUCAAUGCUAUUGGUGAAUUCCUCACCCUGAAUGAGAGGGAAGCCAACCAUGAGGAACUACUUGAGAAAGACAUGCAGCUGACCAAAGGUGGCCUCAAGGAAAUUGCUGAGCAGUUCUCCGAGCAAGGCGUCAAGGACUUCUUUGACAUGCUUCACUUUUCACCAAUCAAACUUCACUUGAGCUUUUCACUGUCGGCCGACAGCAAGAACCACAGUGGUGGAAGCCUCUUCAAUCUUCUUCUGCAGAGCUUCGGGGUUACCUUCACCGAGAUACAGGAUGCUGUUCUCAAGCUGGACUACUUUGAGAAGAGCAACACGUACUUGACCAUGCACCAGCUGAUACAUGAGGCCUCCUCUCACUACUUCCGUCAGACCUUGAAGCAAAUCUAUGUGGUGGUGCUGGGGCUGGACGUGAUAGGCAACCCCGUUGGCCUUCUGACGGGAUUCACCACUGGCGUCGGAGACUUCUUCUACGAGCCGCUGCAGGGCGCCAUUCAGGGUCCCGAGGAAUUCGCGGAGGGUCUUGCCACUGGCGUUCGCAGCCUCAUUGGACACACUGUUGGUGGUGCUGCAGGGGCGGUGUCCCGCAUCACAGGCACUCUUGGAAAGGGCAUUGCAGCCCUGACGAUGGACGAAGACUACCAGCGUCGCCGCAGGUUGGAGCAGAACCGCCGCCCCAACGACAUUGCCGAGGGCAUUGCGCAGGGCGGAAGGGACCUGGUCAUGGGUGUCUACGAAGGCGUGACUGGCAUAGUUACGAAGCCAGUGGCAGGCGCAAGAGAGGAAGGCGUCAGUGGCUUCUUCAAGGGCAUUGGCAAGGGCCUCAUCGGCGCAGUGGCCAGGCCUACUGGUGGAGUUGUGGAUUUUGCCAGUGGCUCCUUCGAUGCUGUCAAAAGGGCUACGGAUGUCGUGGAUGAAGUCCGGCCUGUUCGUCCAGCACGAUUCAUUAGGCCGGACGGAAUCAUCAGGCCUUACAACCUUAUGGAAGCGCAAGGCAACAGGCUCCUACAGGACGUUGACAAGGGAAAGUACGCGGAGACGGAUGUGUACGUCGCCCACGUCAACAUCUGCGAAGAAGGCCGGAACAUCUUGCUUGUCACAAACAGGCGGGUAAUGUUUGUGCUGAAAGGCGACGUGUUCGGCCAGUGGAAUGCGGAGUGGACGUAUUCCUGGGAGGAAGUGAAGGAGCCGCCGACCGUCACAAGCCAGGGCAUCAAGAUCCUGCUGAAGGAGCCAAAGAAGAAGGCUCUCUUCGGCUCCAAGGAGACUGGGAAGAUCAUCCACAUCAAGGACAUGGACGUGGCCAGAUUCAUUGCACAGAAGAUCGAGGACGCGAUGAAGAAGCCCUUGUAAACACCUAGUCUCCUCCGUCCCUGCGUCCUCGCCUUCCGCAGCCGAACCCUUCCAAUUCACGGAAUCGGCCAGAGCCCACAAUCUUGUACUUUGUGAAUCAUCUGCUUAUUAUGAACGACUAUAUUAUUUAAACAUACGAGUCGGCCUAUCUGACUGCAUUUAAGCGGUUUAACGUGAUUUUCGAGCGUUGUGUGAUCUCUCCAUGGUGUUUUCGGCAACUAUUAUGCCGUGCUUCUCUAUGCUAGCCGGCUGUUUGCAAACGUUUUAUAUGCACAUUGCAAAAUGCGUUCUUGGGACGCACUAUGCUAUGCACCAUAACGCCCCUGAGUGCCCUUAGCUUUACCUCGAUUUCAUUGUUUUGUGUGUACAUAUCGUUAUACUUAAUAUUUGUGUGCAAAUCAAUAAAAAUCUGCUAUGCCAUGUAAAUAAUCUGUUGCUCAGACUACAUCAUAAAAUUCGAAAACUAGCUGUUUUGUGAUUGAACACUUGUAUACAACUGUUCGUUUGCCCUGUGCCCGCCUAUGUCAGGACCAAACCAAAGCAGCCUAUGCAUCGUGUUGGGUAACAAUGUGCAGAGCUACAUAUACUUGUGAACUGCUACGAGCUUCCUUUGUAUUACUUAUGGUUGAUAACUUGAUAAUCUAGGGGAGACCUGCAUGGAGCUGUGAUUUGCAAAUAUAAACACGACCUACAUUGCUAGAUGAAGGCAAGUUCCUAACCUUGUUCUCAAGACAAUGCCAUUUUCCUGGCUAGUCCUUCGUUGUUGACUUUCAUUUAAAAGAAAAUUGUUGAAUUUUCAUUUGAAUAAAAUAUCCAUUUGAUGGUGA